UGGCUACUGGCGGGGGGGAGGGGUGGAGUUUAGAGGAAGCGGAAGUGUCAGCGCAAGCGGAAGUGGUACUGCCCUGAAUACCCCGAGCAGCGAAACGGAGGACAGCUUGAUACUCCCAUCGAUAAGAGAAACAAAUCAGGACUCGAAAUAUAUUUAAAUUUGAAUCAUGGACAAGAGCGACCUCGUGCAGAAGGCUAAGCUCGCGGAGCAGGCCGAGCGAUAUGACGACAUGGCCGCUUCCAUGAAGGCCGUCACAGAGGGCGGUGUUGAGCUUUCCAACGAAGAGCGAAACCUGCUCUCCGUGGCCUACAAGAACGUCGUGGGCGCUCGUCGUUCGAGUUGGCGUGUGAUCUCCAGUAUCGAGCAGAAAACAGAGGGUAAUGAGAAGAAACAGCAGAUGGCGCGCGAAUACCGCGAGAAGAUCGAGGCUGAGCUUCAGGAAAUUUGCAACGAUGUGCUGGGUCUCCUGGAGAAGUACCUCAUUCCCAAUGCUAGCCAGGCAGAAAGCAAAGUUUUCUACCUGAAAAUGAAGGGAGAUUACUACAGAUACCUGUCCGAGGUGGCAUCCGGAGAAUCCAAGAAAACCACAGUGGACAACUCUCAGAAGGCUUACCAGGAGGCGUUUGAAAUCAGCAAGAAGGAAAUGCAGCCAACACACCCCAUCAGGCUGGGUCUAGCUCUUAACUUUUCCGUCUUCUAUUAUGAAAUCCUCAACACCCCAGAGCAGGCCUGCAGUUUGGCAAAGACGGCUUUCGAUGAGGCGAUUGCUGAGCUGGACACUUUGAACGAGGACUCUUACAAAGACAGCACUCUGAUCAUGCAGUUACUAAGGGACAACCUCACUCUGUGGACAUCAGAAAACCAGGGUGACGAGGCCGAUGCCGGCGAGGGGGAUAACUAAACGCGUUGCACUUCACUGUUAAACCCACCUACACUCUUUAUCUUACACGUAUACAGCCCAUAAUUCCCUGCUCCAUCCACCUCACCUCUAUCCACCUUUCUGUAUGACGAGCAGCAUGAAUUGUACAUGAUCUACAAGUUUGUUCCCCUCAUAGAGGCCAUGAGAAACUGGGUGACUUUUGGUUUUCAAAGGCUGACUGUGUCUCGAACAUGUGUUGUGUAUUUGUUGGGAAACCCUCCUAAAAAAAAGAAAAGAAAAAAGAGGAAUAGCGAAACGUUUUUCUAUCCUUUUCCCCCUCCUAAUCCCUCCUCUAACAUUUUUAAAAGGUAUAUGUUCUCUCAUAAUCACAGAUUAUAAUGCAUUAUAGUGUCCCCGUCUCUUUUUCCUCUCCAAUAGUGUACUGGCCAUUGCUGGUUUUAUUCAAAGGUUAUUAAACGAUCCAUUAAUUUAACAAACACUGUGAUGUUUAGUUUUUCCUCCUGGACGGCGUAACGGAAAUCAGACGAGUAGCAGUACAAUUCUGUUGCGGUCUCAUACAGAAGGGAUGAAAGCAGCCUGUAUUGUGACACUGUAUUGUGACUUACAUGCAUUACAAUUACUGCUGUCACGUGCGUCGUUUUGUUUUGCGCACACGGCUAACAGCGAAAUUAAAGGGACCCUAGGUUUGCUUUUUCAUUUCUAUUCAGUUUUAAGUACGAGUGAAGCAUUCCAUCACUAUGUAACAUUAUGAUUAUAAAUCUUUCGUGAACAAACUGGAGAGUUUCCUAAUGUGCCGUCGCGAAGACGGUCGACAUAAAGGUGCUGUUUGACAUCAGUAAACGAUUUUCCUGCUUUGUUCAACAGUUUUCUGCGCAAGAAUCGCACCUCGGUUUAAUAAAGAUUGUAAAAGUUGUAAACAAUUGUAGAAGUUAAUAUAAAUUUGUCUUAAAACUUAAUGUUGUAAACCUGCUUGUAACGAAACACGCGUCACCUUUUUCUCUGUUCAUUUAUUUUCUUACGAACUCCCCUAUAGGAAGUCUCCAAGGAUGAUGCUCGAGUUUUCCCUUUCGAUUGACGUCAGUGUAAUUCGGAUAGGAGUUUGCAGAUUGGGAAUGAUUGUAAGUAUUGCGAAAAAUUGUCGUACGGUGAGGAUUUCAAAGGACCGAGAAUAUUUCUAGGGGUAGCUACUCACUCAGUGUCACAAUACCUUGUCACAUCACCAUAACAUUCCACAUAGGUGUAGAGCUCAUCUGUCUGACGCUAAAGACAAUGUUCAUGCACUGAAGUCGAAAUCUUUCCCCUUAGCUGAACAAAUGGCAGUUAUUCUACGCUUGAUAACAAAAAAUACAGUAGUGAAUGUGGAGCCGAGCCUGUCUGUAUAUCUGGUAUCUCCGAUUGCUUUGUUUUUACUGACCAGUAUUCUGCCUAAAGUUCGCUUCUGUGACGGUUUCAUUGCUUAGCGCGCACGUGGUUGUGAAAAUUUAGACUAGCUUAAGGAAAAAUGACAAAACGAGAAAAAAAAUACAACCUGGUUAUUGACGUAAUACUAGAUUUGUGUAUGUCUUUUAAAAACGGUUCUAGUUUCACCUUACAUGUUAUAAUCAGGAAAGUGUAAAAGACAAUUUAAAGUGAAAUAAAAGUUUUAUCAGUU